AUGGUCAAAACUUCACAGAAGAAGCAACAUGACUGUGUAACCCACUCCAAGCCAAAACCUGAUUUAAACAUCUCAAUUCCUUUGAGGAUGUCCAGUUAUAUAUUUAAGCAACCAGUUACUAGAUUUACUUCCCAUCCUGACAGUGAGGUCAGAUGCCAUCAAUGGGAGGAGAAGUUGGACAAGCCUCAGCAGGUUUGUUGGCAGAAGAGACUUCAGGGACUCCAGGCCUACAGCAGUGCAGGGGGACUUUUAAAUACUUUGGAUCUUGCCAAAACUUUGCAAAAAACUGCACCUAGUUACACAGGUGAGUCCCUGCCCGGGGUUCUUGCCAUCUCCAUGCCCACCCCUGGCCCAUCGUCACAUCUGGCAAAGAUGAACUCAGGAGCGAGUGUUAAUGUCUCACAGUUUCUUGGCAGACCGUUCAUAGUAACCGAUGAAGAUAUUAGCAGACAGGAGAGCAAAGUGCAGAUGGCCAGGGAGAGACUGGCAGUAGCGUUGAUUGCAGACAGACUCGCUAGUGAGUCAGAGAAAUUCAAGGACCAGGAAGGAUGUCCUGAAGAAAAUUAA